AUGGAGUCCAGCAGGAUGGCAGUAGAGAGCAGUUGUCCUCUGGGGCAAUUCCCCUGUGGUAACGUGACGGUGUGUCUGCACCAAGCUCUGCAGUGUGACGGACACAGAGACUGCCCCAAUGGAGCCGACGAGGAAAACUGUGGGGACAACAGCGGAUGGGCGGACAUCUUUGAUCGAACCGUCAGAAAGGUCGAACCACAGGGCCUACCACCAGAAGACUGCUUCUUGCAGCAGUACCCAGAGAAUUGUGACUGUAUCAAGACAGAACUGGAGUGUGUGGAAGUCAACCUACAUGAUGUUCCUCAAGUCUCCACCAACGUCACCUGGCUGUCUCUGAAGAGUAACAAGAUAAAGAGCUUGUCUGACAACAUCUUCUCCAAAUACGCACACCUGCAGAGACUGUUCCUACAGAACAACAGCAUUCAGACAAUCUCCAGUGAAGCCUUCAGUGGACUCUACAAACUAGAGAAACUGUUUCUUAGUGUCAACUCCAUUUCAUCUCUCAAACUCGGUGUGUUCAGUGAUCUCCGUAAUCUAUGGUGGCUUGUAUUGGAUCAUAACCCUUUGAAAAGUAUCUCCCAAGACACCUUCACCGGCCUCACCUCCCUGAUGUUCCUUUCCAUGGUGAAUACGUCUCUGGUGCAGCUCCCCCAACCCAGCCUCUGUCACCACACACCUAACCUCAGCUGGGUGGAUUUUGAGGGGAACCAGGUCUUAACCAUCAACUACUCCACUCUGAUAACCUGCAGCCAGCUCACUGUACUCCUCCUGAUGAACAACAGGAUUCAUGGUCUUCCUGUUCGCUCUUUUCAGACUCUGGUGCUGCUGGAGGAGCUAGACCUGUCCAACAACCGGAUUAAGGAGCUCCCCAAAAACACCUUUAAAAGCUUAAAGUCCCUCGUCAAAUUGAACAUAUCCCAUAAUCCUUUGUUCCACAUCUACCCGGGUCACUUUGACGACCUGACCCAGCUCCAGUCCCUGGGUCUGGAGGGUAUUGAGAUUCCAAACAUCCAGACCAAGAUGUUUCUACCCAUGGGAAACCUCUCACACAUCUACUUCAAGACCUUCCAGUACUGUUCCUAUGCGCCCCACGUGAGAACGUGUAAGCCCAACACGGACGGUAUCUCUUCCUUCGAGGACCUGUUAGCCAACGUGGUGCUCAGGGUCUCUGUGUGGGUCAUGGCCUUCAUCACGUGCUUCGGGAACCUCUUCGUCAUCGGGAUGAGAUCCCUGAUCAGAGCGGAGAACAACCUGCACGCCGCCUGCAUCAAAGUCCUCUGCUGUGCAGACUGUCUCAUGGGUGUGUACCUGUUCUUUGUCGGUGUGUUUGAUGUGAAGUUCAGAGGGGAGUACAAUCGUAACGCUCUCCUGUGGAUGGAGAGUGUGGAAUGUCGAACCAUCGGAUUCCUGGCUAUGCUCUCCUCAGAGGUAUCUGUUCUGCUGCUGACCUACCUGACUGUGGAGAAGUUCCUGGUCAUCGUGUUUCCCUUCAGUCACCUGAGACCUGGAAAAAUACAGACUGCGGUGGUGCUGUUAUCUAUCUGGGUGCUGGGGUUCAUCAUCGCCGUGGUUCCCCUGAUGAACGAGGACCUGUUUGGGAACUACUAUGGUCGUAACGGGGUCUGCUUCCCCCUACACUCUGACAGACAGGAGAAGCCCACUGCUAAAGGAUACUCUAUCGGCAUAUUCCUGGGUCUGAACCUGGCAGCGUUCCUAGUGAUCGUGUUCUCUUACUCCUCCAUGUUCUACUCCAUCUACAAGACUGGUAUCAAUGCUACAGACCUGAGGAGCAGGCUACACAGAGACGUGGCUGUAGCGAACAGGUUCUUCUUCAUCGUCUUCUCUGACGCCCUCUGCUGGAUCCCCAUCUUCCUGGUCAAGAUACUGUCCCUGCUGCAGGUCGAGAUACCAGGUACCAUCUCAUCCUGGGUGGUGAUAUUUAUAUUACCCAUCAACAGUGCCCUGAACCCCAUCCUCUACACUCUGACUACCAGCUUCUUCAGAGAACAGGUGGAGGUCCUGCUGUGUCGUUGGCAGAGAAGGUCGACCCUGAAGAAGAACAGGAAGAGCCUGACCUCUACUGUAUACAUAGAGGACUCAAGGAAUACACUCAACCAGCCUCCAGCAUACCUAGCUACUGUACCCCGGGUACCACUGACUGAUAUGGAUCCUCGCUACGGGUGAAGGAGAGGUGGUAGGAGAGGGGGGCUCCUCGUCAUGGGAAGGAGGGAGUGAGAAAGGAGGAGGGAGAGUAUGAAUGAGAGAGAGAGAGAGAGAGAAAAAAACGUCGGCCCUCCUAAUGACCUAUCUGCCCAGCAUGUCUGAUAUGGCUCAUUUGCUGCCGGUGAGAGAGAACUAGACCGCUGCAUAUGAAUGGCCCGUUAGGACCAGGGCUGUUCUGAAGAGGGCUGUUUUGAGACUAAUGGAUGGGGGGUUAUUACUACCGCAAAUUAAAAUGCCCUUUGGGUAUAAUAACCUAUUCGUUCUGAAAAAAGCUUGAAGCUUCAACUGGAACAAACUCACCUCUUCCACAGUACAGUACCAAUGACACAAAUGGUACACAGACAAAUGUGUAGCGCCCACCUGUUGGGGACGAGGAGGAUGAAUAGUGUGUUUACAUGUGAACUCUUCGUCAACAAACCUCUCUUUGUUUGUUUGUACAUAUUCUACUCAAUUGUGUGUUCCUUUUAACCUUCCAGAUUAGUGUUUCUUGGUAGUCUUAAAAAAAAAAAUCGACUUUGAAACAAAAGUAUACACCUCACACACGUGGUGAUGGGCUUAUUUAUAAAAGAAGUUAUGUCAGAUAACAGAGUUGAAAAUGUAUUCAAUGUUGAGUUUGCAUUCCAGUAUUACACUUUAUGUACAUCACAGAAGACUGAACUAUAACAAAACCGUUUGACAUAGAAACAUCGGAUUUAUCGGCGUCAUUUUUUUUAUAAAAAAAAAAAAAAGUUUAUUCAUUAUGCAAUUCUGAAAAAUAUUGAUAACAUUUCACCCAUGACGCCACUAGAGGGCGUCAUUUCACUGCAGGAACUAGUGAACUUUCUCCAUAAAUCUGCGUACCAAAUGGCACCCGGUUUCUUAGGUAGGGCAUUACUUUUGACCAGGGCCCAGAGUAGUGCACCUUAUAGGGAACAGGGUGCUAUUUGGGGUACUUCCCUGGUUCUCUGUUCCUUUAAUGACCUGUCUGUGUGCUGUACAUUGGGAUACUUCCCUGGUUCUCUGUUCCUUUACUGACACUCGCCUGAAUGACCUGUCUGUGUGCUGUACAUUGGGGUACUUCCCUGGUUCUCUGUCCCUUUACUGACCCGUCUGUGUGCUGUAAUUUGGGAUACUUCCCUGGUUCUCUGUUCCUUUACUGACCCGUCUGUGUGCUGUACAUUUUCAGCUGUAUCUUAGCCGACUCUGGGUCGGUGCCAAUGUGUGUAUUUACGUCUCACUUUACCUGCGACUGUACACAAGUAGCCUUGUCCGAGGAAGAACGGCUCACAGGGCCGGAGCCCCUGUUCCUGUAGAGUGAAGCAGCUUCAACGAACAUCCUUACAGGAAAAUCACACGUUUUCGGGAAACACUUCACAGGAUGAUCUUUCCCAUUUAGUUUCAUGUGGAUUUUCACAAUAACCUUUCACAUGUGGAUUACAUUUCUCACAUGAUAUUUCACAUGAAGUGUCACAUGUGGAUUCAAUUUUUUUCUAGGAGAGAUUCACAAGCCCUGCAAGACAAAGGUGAGUCGUUAUGAUGAACACACAGUGUUUUCAACUUAAACACGUGACGCAUUUUGUCAUACAUGGCUACAUUGUGUAUGUUUCUGUAUGUUUCUGUAUACAGUCAUUAACAUUUAACAUGUCCUCAACUGGGAUUUGAACUCACAACCUCUUGGUUCACAACCAUUCCAAUCUUCCUGCUUAAUCAUUAAUAUUCAACAUGUCCUCACCUGGGAUUUGAACUCACAACCUCUUGGUUCACAGCCAUUCCAUUCUUCCUGCUUAGUCAUUCAUAUUCAACAUGUCCUCAACUGGGAUUUGAACUCACAACCUCUUGGUUCACAGCCAUUCCAUUCUUCCUGCUUAGUCAUUAAUAUUCAACAUGUCCUCAACUGGGAUUUGAACUCACAACCUCUUGGUUCACAGCCAUUCCAAUCUUCCUGCUUGACCACCAUGUCAGUAACUGAUUUCUCCUGCAUUGCUACACUUUGGACUUCAAAGUAAAUCUGAGUUUAGUUAAUAAGGAUUGGUGUCCCACUAGCAGGACAACUUUGGGUGAAACUGGAGAGCGUGCAAUUCAAAUAAAUAUUAUAGAUUUUAAACAUUUAGGUACAUACAAGUGUCUUACAUCGGCUGAAAGGUUCAAUUCUUGUUAGUCUAACUGCACUGUCUGAUUUACAGUAGCUAUUACAGUGAAAACAUACCAUGUGAUUGUUUGAGGACGACGCCCCACAUCAAAAUAUUUUUCCACCGGCACAGGUUUAAUACAUUCACAUACGAUAAAAUAUUAUUACUUUUUUAAAAUUGGAUUUGUCAUCCAAAGGGUUCUUUAUAUCCCAAACAGUCAGUUUAGUUGGCGCCAUCGAUUUGAGUAAUCCACUCGUUCAACAUGCAGAGAAAGGAAUCUGAAAAAAAUAUCCCUAAACUUUGUUUCAACGAGGCAAAAUAUGUUUCUAUUUCCUCCUCAGAUACACUAAAAUGUAAUCAAACUAUAAUAUUUAUUUCCAGAAAAGAAGUAUGUUCAAUAGGAAACCCAUUUUAGCAUCUUGUCUUCACGGCGCGAGCAAACAUGAAUUUCCAAGACUGUGUCCUUCUACUAAAACGAAUAUUUCUUCUUCGUUUUUGAAGUUACAAGCCUGAAAUCUUGAUCAUAGACUGCUGACACCCUGUGGAAGCCAAAGGAAUUGCAUCCAGGGAGAUCAUUUCCAAUAUGAGCUUUUUCUUGCAAUUCUAAGAGGAUGGUCUCUCAAAAGGAUUUGGAUUUUCUCCUACCAUAUGUUAUAUUCUCCUACCUUAUUUUAACAUUUCUACAAAUGUCAAAGUGUUUACUUUCUAAUGGUACCAAUUAUAUGCAUAUCAUGGUCAUGGCUUCUGGGCCUAAGCUACAGGCAGUUUACUUUGGGAAUGUCAUUCAGACAGGAAGUGGAGAAAAAAGGGGCCUAGCCCUAAGAAGUUUCAAAAAGUGGAUAUUCUACAGUCCACAUGUCUGUUACUGUAUAUUCUACAGUCCACAUGUCUUACUGUAUAUUCUACAGUCCACAUGUCUGUUACUGUAUAUUCUACAGUCCACAUGUCUGUUACCGUAUAUUCUACAGUCCACAUGUCUUACUGUAUAUUCUACAGUCCACAUGUCUGUUACUGUAUAUUCUACAGUCCACAUGCCUGUUACUGUAUAUUCUACAGUCCACAUGUCUGUUACCGUAUAUUCUACAGUCCACAUGCCUGUUACUGUAUAUUCUACAGUCCACAUGUCUGUUACUGUAUAUUCUACAGUCCACAUGUCUUACUGUAUAUUCUACAGUCCACAUGUCUGUUACUGUAUAUUCUACAGUCCACAUGUCUGUUACUGUAUAUUCUACAGUCCACAUGUCUGUUACUGUAUAUUCCACAGUCCACAUGUCUGUUACUGUAAAUUCUACAGUCCACAUGUCUG